AUGGCAAGGGGAAGCGGCGCCGCGUCCUCGCCCGCUGCUGCGACGCCCGCCUUGAAACGAUCCACGUCCAGCACCCAGAACAUGAAGAACCAAAGAUCCAUACUGGGCUUUUUCCAAAAGUCCUCUCCGGCUACACCAUCGACAGCCACCCGGAAUGCCGAGCCGGCAUCGUCUCCCACCCAGCGCGUUGCCGCUGGCAAGUCGUCGACGGUCAAGUCCAAAAGCGCCGUGCAGAAUCUGACGCCGGUUCCGAGUAGCGACGCGAUUGAGCCGGAUGAGGAAGAUGAUGUUCCUCAGAAGGUCAGUUCCUCGCAAUUGAAGGAUAUUUUACUGUUUCGUAUAGUGUCGGUCAAAAAGAGAGUCAAUUAUAUCGAGUCUGAUAGCGAGGGAGAGGAUGAUGAUGAGGCGAUCUUCAAGCCCAAUCGGUCGCGGAAGCGACGCAGACCUGCCGUUGAGAGCGAAGACGAAUUUAAGGCAGAGGUCGACCUUCCUGAAGAAGAUGAAAUGGACGACUUUGUCGUCGCCGACGAGUCCGAUGAAGAUGCGCGGCCAUCCAAGAAGCGAAAGAAGACGGCCAAAUCUGUGCCGCCCAAGGCACAAUUGAAUGAGCCGCCCUCGCCUAUGGGUAACGUCGAUCUAGAUAUUCCAGAAUCGACCGCGGGUGGCACAGCGCAGCAAUGGGCAUUCGAUCCCGAUAACAAGGAACCUCGUAAACCGCGAGAUCCAGUAGUCUCCACGAACAACGGUGUUAAGCGAAAGGAGAAAGCACACGAGACCGAGCCUGAAAAGCGAUACCCAUGGCUUGCUAAUAUCACCGAUAUCGAUAGAAAUCCUCCAGGUGAUCCGAAUUUCGAUCCACGUACAAUUUAUAUACCGCCGCUGGCUUGGUCUCGUUUUUCUCCUUUCGAAAAGCAGUACUGGGAAAUCAAACAAAAGUUUUGGGAUACCGUUGUGUUUUUCAAAAAGGGCAAGUUCUAUGAACUUUAUGAGAACGAUGCAACUAUUGGCCACCAGCUAUUUGACUUGAAGCUCACCGACAGAGUCAACAUGCGCAUGGUUGGUGUACCUGAAAUGAGUCUCGAUCACUGGGCCAACCAAUUUGUUGCCAAAGGCUACAAGAUCGCCCGAGUUGAUCAGUCCGAGUCUGCUCUAGGAAAAGAGAUGCGUGAAAGGGACGAUAAGAAAGGCGCAAAGAAGGAGGACAAAAUCAUCAAGCGUGAACUAGCAUGUGUCCUUACUUCGGGCACUUUGGUGGAUGGUUCAAUGCUCCAGGAUGAUAUGUCAACGUAUUGUGUUGCAAUCAAAGAAGUCAUCCUGGAUGGACUUCCCGCCUUCGGCAUUGCCUUUGUUGAUACUGCUACUGGUCAAUUUCACUUGGCUGAAUUUCAAGAUGAUGCCGACAUGACAAAAUUCGAAACGUUUGUCGCUCAGACUCGACCACAAGAGUUGCUGCUGGAAAAGUCCGCAGUCAGCCAGAAAGCAAUGCGUAUCCUCAAGAACAACACAGGACUUACAACUCUUUGGAAUCAUUUGAAACCAGUCAAGGAGUUUUGGGAAUCUGAAAUUACUAUAAGAGAGCUCGAUGCCAGUGAUUAUUUUGUUUCCGAGGACAAGGACAACAUUGAAGCCUGGCCGCAAGUCCUUCGUGAAGCGCGCGACAAAGAGUAUGCCAUGUCUGCAUUUGGUGCACUGAUACAAUAUCUGAGAGUGCUCAAACUGGACCGUGACCUGGUCACCAUUGGCAACUUCAACUGGUACGAUCCGAUUCGCAAGGCUACGAGCCUCGUCUUGGACGGGCAAACUCUCAUCAACAUGGAAAUAUUUGCCAAUUCAUUUGAUGGUGGCAGCGAUGGAACACUAUUCCAGCUUCUUAACCGCUGCAUUACUCCUUUUGGCAAGCGGAUGUUUAAGCAAUGGGUAUGCCAUCCAUUGAUGGAUACCAAUAAAAUCAAUGCAAGACUCGAUGCCGUCGACUCACUAAAUGCCGAUACUGUUGUUCGUGACCAGUUCUCGUCUCAGUUGACUAAAAUGCCUGAUUUGGAACGAUUGAUUUCUCGCAUUCACGCCGGAGCGUGCAAAGCACAGGAUUUCCUGCGGGUUCUUGAAGGAUUUGAGCAAAUUGAAUACACAAUGAGUCUACUGAAAGAGCUUGGUUCAGGUGAUGGUGUGAUAGGCAAACUUGUCUCGUCCAUGCCGGAUUUGGUGUCUCCAUUGGAGUAUUGGAAGACUGCCUUUGACAGACUCAAAGCCAAAGAGAACGGCAUCCUUGUUCCAGAGCCCGGCAUCGAGGAAGACUUUGACGCAUCACAAGAGAUUAUUGACGAAUUACAUCGUGAACUGGACAGUCUUUUAAAAAACGUUCGUCGUGACCUCGGUUCAAGCGCGAUUUGUUACAAGGACAAUGGCAAGGAGAUCUACCAGCUUGAGGUACCAAUUAAAGUCAAGAACAUCCCCAAAACUUGGGACCAAAUGUCCGCUACCAAACAGGUCAAGCGCUACUACUUCCCUGAAUUGCGAGUUAUCAUCCGCAAACUGCAGGAGGCACAAGAGACACAUGGCCAGAUUGUCAAGGAGGUUGCAGGCAGAUUCUACGCCCGAUUUGACGAGAACUAUGAGACUUGGUUGAAGUCUGUCAGAAUUGUUUCACAAUUAGACUGUCUGAUCAGCUUGGCUAAAGCCUCUUCGUCCCUCGGACAGCCAAGCUGCAGACCAGUCUUUGUCGACGAUGAUCGAAGCGUACUCGAAUUUGAGGAGCUUCGCCAUCCCUGCAUGCUGCAGAACGUGACAGAUUUUAUCCCCAAUGAUGUGAAGCUUGGAGGCGAGACCCCGAACAUCAAUUUGUUGACUGGUGCCAAUGCUGCUGGUAAAUCAACUAUACUGAGAAUGACCUGUGUUGCAGUCAUUAUGGCCCAGAUUGGCUGCUACUUACCCUGCCAGUCUGCUCGCCUGACCCCUGUAGACCGAAUCAUGUCUCGUCUAGGUGCAAAUGACAAUAUCUUUGCCGCGCAAUCCACCUUCUUUGUUGAGUUGUCCGAAACCAAGAAGAUCUUGUCGGAGGCGACACCUCGUUCCUUGGUGAUUCUUGACGAACUCGGUCGAGGCACCAGCUCGUACGACGGAGUAGCUGUGGCACAAGCAGUGUUGCAUCACAUUGCAACCCAUAUCGGCUCCCUGGGAUUCUUUGCAACACACUACCACUCGCUCGCGGCCGAGUUUGCUGGACACCCGGAGAUUGCACCUAAACGAAUGCAGAUCCACGUCGAUGAGGAGGAACGACUAGUCACUUUCCUCUACAAACUGGAAGAAGGAGUGGCCGAAGGAAGUUUCGGUAUGCACUGCGCAUCGAUGUGCGGUAUUCCCAACAAGGUUGUCGAGAAUGCCGAAACCGCGGCCAAGCAAUGGGAGCACACGAGCCGCCUGACUGAAAGCCUGGAGCGGCGCAAGGGCGGCGGCCUCAUUGGCCUUGGUUGGUGGAGUGACGUUGCCUGGCUUCUGCGGGACGACGCCGAGGUUUCUGACCAGGGAUUGGAGAUUCUGCGCAAGGCGAUCGAAGCUUUAUAG